AUGCAUCUUUUCCGCGGAUGGAAAUCGGCUGCAGCUGCACCCUCAGCGGGCGCAGAUGCAGCCUCAGUGGGUGCAGAUGCAGCAGCUGCAGCUGGUGCCGAAGCGCAGACAGCUGAAGUUGAAGUCACGGUGCUGACUUUGGCUGGCGAGCCGCUGGUUGUUGUGAACCUCCCCAGCAGCAGCACGGUUCUGGAUCUGAAGCAGGCGAUAGCCACUCGAUGUGGCCACCUGGUGGAAGUGCAGCAGCUGACAUACAAGGAGAGCGCCUUGAAUGACAGCAAGCAGACGCUGACCGAAUGUGGCCUUGAAGGAAACGUUGCACUAACGCUGCUUGUGAAGGGGAUUGACGUUGACCUGCACAUUGAAAGACUGCGUGCCAAAGGGCGCAUGACGGAAGCGGAGGAUGUCAAGCUUCUGUGCGCGAUGGCCGAGAACAUCUUCCUCAAGGAGCCUUCCUUGUUGCAACUCGAACCUCCCUUGGUGAUCAGCGGCAAUCUCGUGGGCUGCGCAGACCAACUGCACCACAUUUUCGAUACCUUCGGUGAUCCUGCUGCAUCACAGCAUCUUUUCCUGGGAAACUAUGUCAACAGGGGGCAUCGAGCGGUGGAGACCUUGACGCUCCUGCUCCUGUACAAGCAGAAGUAUCCAGAGAGGAUACACUUGCUGCGCGGAAAGUUUGAGACAAUCAGCCUGUCAAGGAUCUAUGGCUUCUAUGAUGAGUGCAAGAAGAAGGAGCUGAGCGUGCGAAUCUGGAAGGAGUUUGUGCGGGUCUUCAACAGCAUGCCCAUCUGUGCUUUGGUUCAGGAGCGCAUCUUGUGUGUUCCUUCUGGCUUGUCCCCUUUCCUGCAGAGCCUUGAUGACCUGCGAAAGAUACACCGGCCUACAGAUAUACCAGAUCACGGCCUGCUCUGUGAUCUGCUCUUUGCCUAUUAUGAUGACCACGUCCGAGGCUGGGAAGAUGGUGAUAAGUCCAUUGAGAUGUGCUUCGGUCUAGAUGUGGUGGAAGAGUUUCUGACAAAGAGUGGCUUGGAAAAGAUGUGUUGUUCACCACGAGUCCUGGAAGAAGGCAAGGAAGCGCGGCUUGGUGAUCGGCUGCUUCAAGUGUUUACGGCGUCCAACUACUGUGGAGAGUUUGACAACAGAGGGGCGGUGCUUCUUCUGGAUGAGCACUUGGAACACAAAUUUGUGACGCACGACCUUCCUUGGCAAGAACGUGGUCGAUGA